GCCCACUUUCUCCACUUCCUCCUCCUCGCGAGCUCAGCUCGCGCACCGCCGCAGACAGCGCCGCCGCCCUCUCCUCCUCCCCUUCCGCUUUGCCGCCACCCACUGCUGCCGGCCGCCGCAGGCACCCCAUGGCCCCGACCGGGCGGCUCCUCGCGGUAGCCGCCCUCUCCUUCCUAUGUCUGCAGGGGCCGUGGGGAGAUUCAGGCAGCGCAUUUGCUCAGAGCCAGCCGCCGCUUCACCGGACCGUUCGCGCAGAGGCAAAUGACGGCGGCGGCCUCAUGCCGGAGCUCCCGCCCAGCGGCCUCAUGCCCAUGCCGGAGCUCUCACCCAGCGGCUCUCCCACGCCAUUUGUCCCCUUCCUGGCGCCCGCUCCGCUCGCGCCAUUCUUUAACAACAGCACGCCAAAGCUCUCAGGAAAAUGCACGCUGAACUUUACCGCUGUCGACAAACUCAUGACCACCACAGCUGUCGACUGCUUCACCUCGUUUGCUCCUUUCCUGGCCAAUGUCAUCUGCUGCCCGCAGCUUCAGGCAACACUGACCAUCCUCAUAGGGCAGUCUAGCAAGCAGACAGGGUCUCUCGCAUUGGAUCCCACGGUGGCCAACUACUGCCUGUCCGAUGUCCAGGAGCUGUUGCUGAGCCAAGGCGCCAGCGACAACCUUCACAGCCUCUGCUCGGUUCACCUCUCUAAUGUAACCGAGGGAUCCUGCCCUGUUAGCACCGUCGAUGCGUUUGAGAGCGCCGUUGAUUCGUCCAAGCUUCUUGAAGCCUGUCGCAAGAUUGACUCUGUUAAUGAGUGCUGCAGCCAGACAUGUCAGAAUGCGAUAAAUGAAGCUGCCCAGAAAAUCUCGUCCAAGGACGCAGGUUUGACGAGCUACACCGGGAGUCCCAAGACUGACAGCUGUAGGAAUGUUGUUCUGAGAUGGUUGUCAAGCAGGCUUGACCCACGGUCCGCGAAGGAAAUGCUGAGGCAGAUUUCCAACUGCAAUGUCAAUGGAGUUUGUCCUCUAAGCUUUCCAGACACAAGUAAGGUGGCAAAAGAGUGUGGUGGAACAAUGACGAACAGUACUGCAUGUUGCAAGGCAAUGUUAACUUAUGUAGCCCAUUUGCAAAAGCAAAGCUUCAUAACAAACUUGCAAGCUUUAAAUUGUGCCUCUUUCCUUGGGGCAAAGUUGCAAAAGAUGAAUGUCAGCAUGAAUGUCUAUAGCUCUUGUCAAAUAACAUUAAAAGAUUUUUCACUGCAAGUUGGAUCUCAAGAAUCUGGAUGCCUCCUUCCAAGUAUGCCCUCUGAUGCAUCUUUCGACAGCACUUCUGGGAUUAGCUUCACAUGCGAUCUGAAUGACAACAUCGCAGCCCCAUGGCCAUCUUCCAUGCAAGCACCAUCUUCAUCGUGCAACAAGUCUGUCAAUAUCCCAGAGCGACCUGCUGCGACAUCGGCACAAAGUGGUGUGAACCACAAGAACCUAAAGCUAAGACUGCUUGCCUCUUUGGUCUCCCUUCUUCUGGUGCUCUUGGUACAAGUUUAGCAAGGUCCAGUUGCCCUAUUAUCGCGAUGAUUCGUUCAGGAGAGCUAACUGGAAGUCAGUGAAGCGCUGAGUUUUUUGCGAUCUCGCGGUCGCAUCGAAGUGUAGUAGGUUUCACGUGUAUUUUAUUUUAUUUUAUUUUUUGAAUCUCCUGGUAGCAAUUAGUGUAGUUUGUUGUAAGGAAUAUAUGUAUAAUAUAAUGAUAGUAGUAACUUAUAUUCAUUUGUAUAGCGAGAAAGAACGUCUGGUGGACGGAUUCCAGCAUUGUUUAACACAAUGUUUAUUGUUUACUAAUUGAUGUGUUUGAUGUUGAUAGA